AAUUUGAAGGGGAAGAGCAACCAACUCAAGAACGACAGUAAAAGAGAAACACCAUACUUAAUAGUAUUUUUCUGGGAUUUUAGCAAUAUCGUGUUGCCAGCAAGCAAGUUGAACAGGGGUUGAACAGCUGAUGCUUCGUCGACACCGGCGAAAUGUCAAAGUCUAGGCAAAUUACCCUACGUGUGCAGUGUUCAGAGGGAACAAAACGUAUAGAUGUAAAUCUUCAUGACACAAUUUCUCAGUUGUUUAAAAAGGUUUUAAAAGCUUUUGAAUUGAACAGUCCUGAAUUUGGACUAUAUCUGGAACGAAAUCAUAAAAAUGAACUUCCACUUACUUACAACAGGACAGUUUCAGGAGCAGGUCUUUCUCAUGGGGACAUGUUAUACCUGGCCCCUCGUAAUAAUACACAGUUGUGGAGUACUCCUUCAACUAGUAGUGCUACUAUUGAUGUUUCUCAAGAACCAGGACCAAUGGAUAUUACGAAAACUACAAAUCACAGUACCAACGUUUCCCGAUCUUUAUCAAAUGUAGUUGACGAUAUUGAUGAACAAUUAUGGAAAUUUGAUGGUAAAAUAGAGAGAAAACGUGAUGAAAAGUUAUGUAGACAUGGUGUAAAUGGAUGCUGUGUUCACUGUACUCCUAUAGAACCUUUUGAUGAAGCUUAUCUUAAGGAACAAAAUAUAAAACACUUGUCCUUUCAUUCAUAUCUAAGGAAACUUACUGCUGGUGUUGAUAGGGGAAAGUUUGUACAAUUAGAAGACAUAAGUUGUCGCAUAAAGACUGGUUGUAAAGAUCACCCACCUUGGCCACGAGGUAUCUGUAGCAAAUGUCAACCAAGUUCCAUUACUUUAAAUCGCCAAACUUAUCGACACGUGGACAUUGUCAUGUUUGAAAAUCCAAGUUUAGUUGAACGCUUUCUCAAUUAUUGGCGUAGCACCGGUCAUCAACGUAUUGGCUUUUUAUAUGGAAGAUAUGAAAUACAUUCAGAUGUACCAUUAGGAAUUAGAGCUGUUGUUGCAGCAAUUUACGAACCCCCACAGGAAAGUACAAAAAAUUCUAUUGGACUUUUACCAGAUGAAAAAGAAGCAAUAGUUGAUGAAUUGGCUCAUUUACUUAAUUUAAAAAGAGUUGGAUGGAUUUUUACUGACCUUAUAGCGGACGAUGUGAAGAAAGGAACGGUAAAACACUUUCGAAAUAUAGAAAGUCACUUUUUAUCUGCUCAAGAGUGCAUUAUGGCUGGGUAUUUCCAAAACCAACAUCCAAAUCCCUGUCGUUUUUCACCCAGUAAUUAUUUUGGUUCAAAAUUUGUUACUGUUUGUGUUACUGGUGAUGAUAAAAAUCAAAUUCACAUGGAAGGUUAUCAAGUAUCCAAUCAAUGCAUGGCAUUGGUACGGGAUGGCUGCCUGGUUCCUACAAAAGAUGCUCUAGAAUUGGGCUAUGUAAUUGAAUCAACAGAUAAACAGUAUGUUCCAGAUGUCUUCUAUAAGGAAAAAGAUUCUUAUGGAAAUGAAGUGUCAAGGCUAGCAAGACCUCUGCCGGUAGAAUAUUUAUUGGUAGAUGUACCUGCAUCUACACCACUUACUCCGCAGUUUACUUUUUAUGUUAGUGAUAAAAUUACUCCAUUUCCAAUUGAAAAUAGACUCAUCGAUGGACAUGUUCAAGAAUUUAGUUCACUUUGCUCUUAUAUGCAGCAAUUUAGUAAAGAGCAAUUUUUAGAAGCAGCUUCAGAUUUCCACUUGUUAAUUUUUAUUGCAACAAUGGAUAUGUUUCCAAUGAAGGACCAUAUGAUACCACUAUUAGAAGCAAUUCGUAAUAAGGAUAGAGAAAAAGCACUGGAAUGGACACGUUUAGAACAUUGGGCAACAGUAGAACAACUCAUAUCUGUAACUACGGCAUCUACAUCUCAAACAGGAUUUGGUACUAGGUCAAGAAUGUCAUCUUCUGCACUUGCAGAAGGAAGUGGAAUAGGAGUUGGUACAGAUCCAAUUGCCAAUUCACCUCCUGACCAAACACUUUGGACUUGUUCUCAUUGCACCUUUCUCAAUGCAGCAGAUUUUGCAAUGUGUGAAAUGUGUGGUUUACCAAGGAAUACAUAACAAAUUGCCAAUAUUAUAUUGCUUUUGUAUGCAUUUAAGGGUGCUAUCCUUAAAUUGCAACUUUGUUUCCGCUGAAUUUGACACAAACUGUGUUCUUGCGGAUAUAAAAAUUGUUU